AUGCUCGUUUCGCCGUCGAAGUCUCGCCUGAGGAGGACCAGGCCUUUAGACGAUACGGGUGAGCAAACCCGUGCCCAGGCCCCAAAGAAGGCACACUCUACCUCCUCGCGUGCACCAGUUCGAAAGACUGCUAAGGGCGCUUCGAAGGACGUCGCAAUUGAUAAGGAACCUGAUGUUACUGGAUCGACUGGCAGAGAGUGGUCGCCCGUGCAUGAGUUGCCGAUCACCGAUUCAAACGGCGAAAAUCCGCGGUCUUCCCCUGCAUUGCCGGAGCAGGACUUUCACAGCGGUGACAUCGGAUCCACCGAGCAGCACCCCUUGCUCGACAUUCCUCCUGGCGUCAAGUCCCCUCCCAUCGUCAAUUCCAGCAUCUACGCACAGUAUCCGCCUACCAGUCCUAUCAUGGCCGCGACUGCCCUCGGCCCGGACUGUCAGCCGAUCCAGCCGCUACACUUUCUCUCGUCUUCCGCUGCUGCUGCGGUGAUAGCGGACUCUGGUCUCCUUGCAACAAUUAAUGCGAGGGUCAUUGAUGGGACGUUCAACGCGGGCAAUCCAAACGUCACGUCAAUUGGAGGUCAGACAUCGGCCAAUGACGAAGACAAUGAUCCUAUUAGCGGCAACGAUCCUCGUAGGCGCCAGCCUACUGAAUUCAAUAUAGAGCCUGUCCGCAGCGAUGAUGCCGGCGAUGUGGAGCCUGAUCGUGUGGUAGACGACACCGCCGGGGGUGACGGCCGGGCCAAACAGGGUUCUGCAGGAUCUGGCGAAGACGAAGACUAUGAUAUGCUCUCGACGAACAAUAAUGAGGAGGUGGGAGAAGAUCGCGGUAGGGAGCAAUCUGGUAACGGAUUAGACGCACCCCCGAGCGAAGACAAGGGAAGGGAGGACGAGGCCGAGGAGGGAGACAAAGAAGAUGAGGAGGGAGACAGAGAGGACGAGGAGGAAGAUGAGGAAGACGAGGAGGAGGAAGAUGACGAGGACGAGGACGAGGAGGACGAGGAAGUGGACCGAGAUGCCGCCAACAAGUACGAAUCUCACAUCGGCGGCGAGGACGACGCGGAGCGCACGAUGGACGAAUCUGAGGAAGAGGAGGCGGAGCCGAUUGGAGAUGUAGAGGAUGCACAAGAUGAUGACGACAAAAACUCGGAUCAAGGAGAAGAUGCCACCGGCUCAGUCACAUCAGCACGGCGGACCUCGGGGCGUACGCGACGUCCAUCCUGGAAGAUGAACCAGCUUAUGCAGGACAGCGAUGAAGAUCCACCAUCUAGCGAUGAUUUCGUGCUGGCAGACCCAGAUACUCACUCCGACACCGCUCGUCGUAAGGAAACGACCAUCGAGGAGCAGGACGACGAGGACGACAUGGAACUCGAGCAGGAGGUGGUGGAUUCUGAUCAGGAUCGGCGCAAAAGGAAGGUCAAGCGCAAAAUCACCCAACCCCCGCACCGUAAAGGAUCACACAGCAAUGAUACAUCCUCAAAAUCCGCACCUGGCGAAUUGAAGUCGACAAAAUCCUCUGAGACAAAGACGCCCAAGCGCAAAGCUUCCGCUGUCGGAUAUGAAACACUGUCGGAGCCAUCAGCCGAAGACCUUGCCAAAGCUCGCACUCGUCGCGACCAUGCUAGAGAACGAAGCAAGGCUGGCGUCACGACGACCACGUCGGAUUCCAGCAGCAACAAUGAUGAAGGCGAGUUAAUGAUUGAUCAACUUGCGAUGGAUGAUGACGCCAUGGAUGUCGAUACACCAACGGUUAAGGCUCCGUUGAAGGGCGGGGCUACCGUCAAGAUGAAUCGGCCGAAAGGUCGUUCCGCAGGGGACGCAAAGCGCACUGCAUGCGCCAAGAUCAAUGACAAGUCGCAUGCAGCCUCAGCGCGGAAGGCGGAUAUGGAGCCCCCCGCUGGUUCGUCAUCGGAUGAAGCCAUCACAAUCGAUCCUGCAGCAGGAGGCAUGGACAAAUCCCAAGCGAAAGCCAGUAUACCUCGACGCAAAGCCGGUGCAAGUAAAGGAGACAGGACAACCAUUGCGAGUAAUCGAGAUACGGCACAUGCCCUUUCAAGUGAUAUAGGAAAGGGGAAAGCGAAAGACAUGUCAGCGGUAUCUACUACGAAGUCGGGAGCGAAAAUCUCGAAGCCGCAACCAACUGGUCAAGGUCAGAGCCGUGAUAGAGAAGGCCGAGCCGAGAUAUGCGACAAAUGGAAGGGGAAGGCCAUAGACCCAGACUCCAAACCGAAGCCAGGCCCGCUGAGCAAGAAGCAUCAAGCUAUGAUUGAGGCUGAAAUCGAGCGGAUCGAUGAGUUCAUCAACGAGAUAGCGAAAGCAGCGGACAAACCGGUCGCGGUUAUUGCAGACAUGCUCAACACCUGGUCCUGCUUUGAGACGUAUCACUCACAAACGCAUGGCCGCGGCGACAAAGAGACUGAGCAAGAGUACGCGCGACGACGGCAGGAGGACUAUUACGCGGUUACAAAGGGUAUACCGAAGGAUGAUAAAGCUAAACGCGAGGAGGCGUUCAGGCCGUAUAUCGACUGGUACAUCGAUUACAUGGACCUUGCGUCAGAGAAGGCGGCGAAGAAGGGAGGUGCAGAGAAGGACCUUCGACAGGCUGCCUCGGAAAUGACGAAGCUAGGUCGUCACCUGUUCAAAACAAAAGGAUUACAUGUCGUCGGAUAUAUCCUCAACAUUCGUCCCGGUGGCACCGGUCUCAUGUUCAGAAACUCGCCGCAAGUAAUGCAAAUGCAGAAAGAAUACGAGACCGAUCAUUUAGCAAACAUCGCUGCGUAUCAAGCGCGCCUCAUGGGUAUUGACCUCACGAAUAAGGGCAUCACGAUACCGUCCGUAUCCGGCACUCCUUCACAAACCUCUUCCGCGCGCCGUCCCCAGCUUCCUGUACAGAAACCGAACGAGGCUGGUCGUGACUAUCGCAAUCGUGUACUUACUGAGUUAAUCAAGUGGAAGUUCAAACUGGCGAAUGUGGAGACAGUGAAAUACAAACUUUGGGCGGCAAUCUUGGAGCUCCUAUACACAAAUAAAUUGCGUAUCAUCGAUAUGCAUCCUGACUCGAACUACACGAUUUGCAAGAGCCGAACCAUCGAAUUCGACCUGAAGGCGCCCGGAAAUGGCCCCGUCGUCUCACAGAUGAUUGCGCCGUGGGUAGAGAACGAUCCCGAUGGCAUCAAAUUUGACAUCGUGCCGUGGAGCGAAGAGGAGUCAGCAUUGCCGUUAGAUAAACAGAAAGACGUGCCGCUCAUCCUCACAUGGCUGCAUAACGAGGAAAAUGUUGUACCUAACGGGACGAGCAUCAUCAUGUAUGGCCACUUCAAGCAAGGCGUGAAGUGGCGAGUCUCAUCAACGGCACGAUACCAACAUGACCUUGCAGUCGCGUCCGGGCAGGCCCAAGAUGCGACUCCCGCUGGUGCCAGCGAGAGCGGACAAAAGUGUCGCAUCCCCACUUGCAAAGACCCGAGCAACCAACGCUCGACCUCUGCUGCAGGCAGCACGGAGUCCACCCUGGUCUCCUCGUCUCGCUCAAACACUGCCGCAUUAGCCACAAACCCUCGAACAUCGUCGGUGGCACCAAACUCGAACUAUCGGCAGCCUUCCGUAGCACCGUAUUCUCAUCCCAGCGCAGUCGUCCCUCCGUACCAGACCAUCGAGACGCACUUAGACGCCGACAACGUAACUGGUUACACCCAAGAUUUCGAUGAUCCGUGGUUGACGAUUGAGGACGACAACGGUCAGAUGGCAUCGACACAAUGGCAGGAGUCCGGAAACGACUACGAUCCAAGCAACACGCGCAUGAACUCGCCAUUCGAACCUGCACCUCCAAGCCCUCGCCGCCCUACUGGCUUCACAAACCCGGACCAGUAUCGUGACUGGCCUCCCGACCCUAUUCCAGAGAACAUCGAUAUGUCACGCGCCGUCUUCUCAAGACCGGGAAGCGGCGCAUCGCGCCCGGUCACCACCACGGGAAGAUCAGCGGCAAGUCACUAUGUCACUCCCUUGCCUGACACUCGAGCGACCCACACACGUGAGCCAACGUACGCAGCUCCCAUCCCCAACGGCAUUUCGUUCCAAUCGCGCGAGAGGCAGAACGCGAGAUACGGCACGCCCUCGACAUAUGCCGGUCCCGAAACUGGCCAUGCUACUUCACGAGCGAGCGGCUCAAUGGACACGGAUGAUGGUGCCCCUACCCCGUAUGCCGCUCCUGUGAUGGACCGGGCUAGUUCCCGCGCAAGUAGCAGAGCAGACGGUAACCACGGCAGCUCCAUCGUGUAUGCCCCUCCCAUGCUUGACCGUACCGCGUCUCGUAUGAGCACCAGACUGGCCGUCGACGAUCGCGGCUCUUUGCCGGACCAUUCAGCAUUCGCUGCCGACGCAGUCUCAACACCCGCACAGGAUGCUAUCCUUGUUGAUCGCCACACAAUGUAUGCUCAACCUAUGGUGCCUCCCACGUCCGUCCAGUCAACUCGCCAGUAUGGACUGGAUCGGUCUUCCACGGCUUCCAUGAGGACCUUCGAGCCCGACAUGUAUUUCCAAGAUGGACCUCGCGCUCCAAGCCAAUUUGAGGAUCGCGACGAUUACCACACGUCGAGCUUGAAUCUCGAACAUGAUGUCUAUCGCACCGGACGCGCAUCUGUCCCUCGCCGUGUGGUUCCCGCUUUAGGUGCUAUACAGGAGGAUGAGCCUGAUCGCAUACAGCAGGGAUUCAUGAGUCAACGACCGGCGGCUUUGUCGUCUAGGCACCGCCUGUCGCAGGGCCAUCGCGUUCUCGACCUCAACCCCGACCGAUCUCCCGUCAACCUCAACCACCCGUCGAGGCACCGCCUGUCACAGGGCCAUCGCGUCCUCGACCUCAACCCCGACCGAUCUCCCGUCAACCUCAACCACCCGUCGAGGCACCGCCUGUCGCAGGGCCAUCACGUCCUCAACCUCAACACGGACCAGUCGCCCUUCUCACCAGCUCUAGAUCUCCUGCUUAUCUCGUACUCGAGUUCAUGA